AUGGCCGAAGAGGACGUCCGGUUCCUCAAGGGAGUGGAGCUCCGUCUCCUUCGCUGCACUCUCUCCCCCGUCGUGGAGUCGGUCGCUCCGCCGCCGUCGUAUUGUUCUCCGCAGCCGCCAGCGUCUCGCGGGAGUAGCUCCCUGUGCCCCGUCAUAGAGUCCCUGGUGGCCGCCAUCGAGCGUGGGAACUACGCCGAAGCGCUGACAUCGGACGCCGUCCACAGGGUAUUCUCAUUUUCGGACUCGUGGGAGUUCGCCGACACUGUCGACUCCGCGGAGAGGUUCUACGGCGAGGUGGAGGGGCGCGCCUCCGAGUUCCUUCAUGGGGGCCGCCAGCAGGACUUCUGGCUUCAUUGUUUGGAUACGGGAAAGGAUGCGGAUGGAGGAGAGGAAUAUGACGUGGGAUACAAGUCCGUCCUCGUAUUGUGCAUUGGUGUGGCGGCGCUGUUGACUUUCGUUCAGCGGAACAUUACGGGGUGAGCGUCUGUAGAGUGUUUUGCGCCUUUUUUUCAUAAGACAGGGAAAUUUCGUUUCGUUGGGGAAAAUCUUUUCCGUGAUUUUUUCUUUCCUGUUUUGCUAUUCUAGGCCAAUAGAGGAAAUUUCUCCGUUUCCUCUUUCCUUUCCUAAGUCGAGGCAAGAAAACAGCCGUGACGACGGGCAUUGGGGCGCAUGGGCUCGCGGUCAAUUGACAUUGGAUGGUUCUGACGUCUUUGGGAAGUUCUCACUUUUACAGGUAUUUGCGCUCUCUCUCUCUCUCUCUCUCUCUCUCGCUCAUUUGUUACUGGUUUUUGUUUAUGAAUAUCGUAGCAAUGUGCACUUGCGUCACAUCUUUUUCCUUCAUAGACUGGAUUUAUGCUUUACCCUCCAAUUAUUACCUGAUAUAGGGGCAAUUGUUUUUGUUAUUUUUUACCAUUUGAUGCGCCAAUCAUCAUGGAGCUAUUGCAUUAAUUUGGCUAUGAAUUUAAUAUCAGGGAUCAAAUGGGUUCUUUGUCUUAGACCAUGCUUUGCUUCAUUGUUUUUUUAUCUUUCACGAUUCUUUUGAUGUUGGUAUCUUUCUCGAAAAUAUGAUAAUAUUUUAGUGCGCACUUGUUAAUUAUUUGCAUAGAGGGUUCUAGUUAUGUGCAGCAAAAAAUAUAAUGACAACAGUCGAAAUGGGUUUUCUGACUCUAGGUUCCUGUUAAAAUGUCAAUGUGCAUUAGUUAUGACAUGUGGAAAGUUAAUACACGGCUAUCAUGUGCAUACUUAACAGAAGAAUCCUGGUUGACGAUUGUUUAUCUCACAUCUCGAGACGUUUUAUACACUUAAAAAAUGCAGACCAGUGAACAAAAAAUAAGUUUUAUGCUCUUGUUGUUUUGCUCCUUGUGAUAAUAUUGAUGUAGAAUGUAAGAUACGCCAACCCAUAAAUAGCAAUCCAUACAACUAGGAGUGGUAAGAUCACGAGAUAUAAAUAGAGUACUGAUUACUAGAUGAACUUGAGUUUCCUUUAUUAUACAUUGGGAGUUAUGAUUGCCUUCCAGGACGCUAUUAUGGAGUAGAAGUCUUGUAGAGAGUUGUUAGAUAGUCACAUUCUAUUCACGUGGUGUCUACUUUGAUACAUGAAGAAGGCAGUUUGGGGUUUUGUGCAUGGAUUCAAUCCUGAUCAUACAAUCUUUGCAAUGAAAAUGCAUCACGGAGUCUUAAAGGAAUAGGACAAGUUCAUAUCCUCAUUUACUUCUACACACUAACCAAAGGGAGAAGAACGUAAUCUGGGACAUUGUAAAAUUGUUUUCACAAGCUUGGCCAACAAAAACUACGAGUGAUGGAAAAUACAUACAGAGAUUUGUAUAAGCCUAGGGAAAGAACCUUAUUUUGGAAACGAAGGUGAUGUGCAACGUCAAAUUUUAAUCAAAAACUUUGGUUUUAUGCUUAACAUCAUUGCAUCACUAUUGCACAUACUUGUAAUUACGUGGCAUCUCAAUGAGGAUCCAAGGUUUAAAAGAAAACUCAGAGAGGAGAUUCAGGAUUUGGGAAACAGUAUGGACGUGAGCUAUGGUCAUUAGUAGCGCUUAUAAACCUCAAGAGACACUAUAGCUGGGAGAAAUAAGGUAGGCUGAGAGUAUAGUCGGCUUGACACAUAAUCGUAGAUGGAGAGAGAAUACAGCAAGGUUUGGAAACCUUCAUCUCUAAUAAAUGUGCUGGUCUUUGGUAGGAUACACGCUGCAGGCAACUUAUAUGGGGAGGAAGACAAAUCAUUGCACUAUAUGUUCCUUAGGAGUGGAGUAUCUUUUCGUAUGAGACUGCUACAGGCUAUUUUCUAUUAGGUAUAUAAUGAGAGUAUCCGAGUUAUAUAGAUGAUUUUUGGUUAUCCAUGAGCAAUACAAACAUGUGUAUCUUUCGGAUGCCAAGCUUUUAAGUUGAUAGGGUGUUUAACUGCAUGCAUGAAAGAGUCAAGAGUGAACUUUUUGUAAUGAAGAAUGGCGAGAAUAUGCUAUCUUUGGUUGCCAAUAUGACCUAGAGCAUCUUUUUGUGGUACAUAAUCGAUGUGAAGGUGAUUUUAUGAGGCACAUACUCGUACAUCCUGCCCCAAUAUUUUUGUUAUUUUGUGAUUAGGAGGUUCAGUGCAUUUAAAAAAAAAACAUAAGGUAGUGAAGAAGGAUUGAUAUCUGAAGGAGGAGGUUAAAUGGAAGCAAAGGACUCGAGACCAAAGUUUGUUCGGAUAUUUAAAAUUUAGGCCAAUGGAUUCAUGUUUCGAAAAACGCAUUGUUACUGGUUGAUUGACUUCAUAUGUGAUUCAAAGUUUUUCUUUGUGUAUAGAGUAAUCUUAGAGCUAUUCUUUUAUAAGCAUGAGCCUUGAAAGUGAAAAAUAUUAUUUUGUUGAAUGUAUUUUUCCUUGAUUUUCGUUUCUCAGUUCCGUGGCAGAAAUUUAUUCUGAAUUCUGAUCAAAUCAUGUGAGAAACUAAACAUUUUUUCAUAUUGCAGUACAUUGUUUAUGCGAGAAUCUUAUUAAAUAAUAUCAGGAACAUCUCUGUGGACGGAAGAAGUUCCCAUCAAAUUGAAGCUAGAAGUGUUUCUUGGUGGUUGUGCAGACUUACUCUCAUUCAACAGAGGAUUUUAGAUAGCUUAUCUUCUUCAUUAUAUGAUUCAUUGCAAGUUCUCACGACUGAAACUUUGCACCAAUUUGGUAGUGAGGAAAGUGUAAAUAUGUAUUGGGCAUCUCAGUUAUGCAAGGAAGAAUCUUUAACAAUUGUGUCAAUGGUACAUCUAGAAGCAGGAAUAGUUGCGCAUGCCUAUGGUCGUGUGGAUUCAUCAGGGUCAGUACUCUCGAAUCUUACUUUUAUAUUGCUUCAUCUAAUUAUUUAUCAGUGUGCCAUCCUCGUGUUACACGUGCAUUUCAGUAAAAGGUUCAAAUUUUCCAAACAACGUAAAAGAUUUCGAUCAGUGAUUCAAACAAAAAAAAAAGGCAAAACUAGAUGUUUGUUUGAAUAUCUUCUUGGAGAAUAGUGAUUUCUUCUUUAAAAAAGAAAAAGGAAAUGCAGUGUAUCUUAAAAUGGUGAAAAUCAUACCUGAGGGCACAUUCAGUGAUCUAAUUAGUGUUAUCAUUGGGUUAGUUUUGUUUCUUUGAACUACAUCAUUCGUGAAUCUGUAAUCAUUCCAUACUUGAUUGUGUUUUCUAGGUUAGGAUAUUUAGUAUAGGUUCUUGUUUUGAAGUCCUCUGCUUGAAUUAGUUGUUAGUUUCAUUUCUUGAAUUCUUUGUUCAUGCUAGGUGAUAUAUGACAUUUCGUUAAUUGUCUAGAACAAAAUAAAAUUGCAUCCUACUCAUCUGCUUCCCGCAAACGUGAUGCCACUCUUGCAACCCUUGCAUGUCAACUUUGGAACUAUGAUGCCAUUCCCUGCAAUAGAAGCAGACUAGAGAGAACUUGUCUGUGUCACCUGCAUAGGGCUAUGAAGUGGUGAUGCUGCAUUGAUCCGAGAAUGUACAAGUUUUAUGAAUGGUAUGAUGUUAGGCGGCACUUCCUUGCCUUUGUCAUGUAAUUUUUUUCUAGUUCGAGACUCAUUUGUGAGUCAAUUUGGGAUUGAACUUAGAGCAGCAAGUGAAAUUGACCACAACCAGAUUAAAGCCCAUUUGGACCCAGGCUUGAACCUAUCGUCGAUCCCAAAGCCAGAACAGGAAAUUCUAAACUUGCAUGAAACAAACUGAAACCAGUUCAAUGUUAAACUUCGGAGUCCUCUUGGUGGACCUAUCACCGAUCCUAAUAUGCAGACUAACAGACAGCCACAAUAGAACAUUUUAAGGUUACAAUGUCUAGAUUUGUUAUAUUCCUUGAGAAGUAUUUCUCCUUGUAAACAUAUCCUUGACUGUGUCCAGGGCCAAUACCUUGACUUGCCCUUCCGGAUUAGAAUGACAUCCUCAUAGGAUGUGGACUUUAGUUUUUAUUGAGAUUUGAUUAUUAUGUAGAGAAAGAAAGGUGUUUUAAACGUGUUUUUUUGCUCAAUCCUCAAAUCGUAACUGGAGCAUUUAGCUAAAAGUGUGCAGGUUAAUAGAUAUACAUCAUUUUUUUGCAAUCAACCCUCUUUUUUCACGCUUAAUAAGAGAUUAAUGCGAGACUAUGUACACUAUGGAUUUAUCUGACAGGACUAUCAAAGGGAUGUGAAGGCCUUACUCAUGUGGAAGUAUGGUUCACAGACUUUACUUCUGUUGGUACAUGUUAUUGUAGUGCAUCCCUGUUUAGUUAGGAAGUGAUAUCUUUAUGCUUGUGAUGCAUUUCAUCUGAUACAUGUAUAUAAAAGUUUAACAUGCAAUAUUUGUAAGAUGUAUGUAUUGAAAAGUGGCAUGCUAUCAUAAUUUAAUCUUCCUCUAUGGUAAAGUAAUUCUCUAAUUUUACGAUAUGUUCUUAACAGUUGUGAGUUCCUCUCUCAGGGUGCAUUUUAAUACUGCUGAACGAGCAUGCGGCUUACAUCUUUCUGUAACUGGUAUUCUUGGCUUUCGAACAAUCCACCAGGUACUUUUGGCUCUUUUUACAGACUGAGGACGAGGCAGUCCUUGGGAGAUACGGAUGAAUAAGCUCUUAUUUUUUCUUAAUUAUGCUUUCACGCAGGUGAACGCUAAGUCCCAGCUCGUACUUGUUGCUGAAACGGAAGAACAGAGAAGUAGUGAGUGUAGCUUGCUUCAUAACUCUGAGAUCCUAAAAAAGUGCUCGGCUGCUCAAAGUCAUGGAGCUUCAGAAUCUCUGGAAAAUUAUGAUGAGUGUGAUAUAUUGAUGACUCCAAGGUUGUUAGAAAGUAAUGGUGAUGCUAAAGUAAACGGAAAUCCCAGUGGGAUUAGAAAAAUGUCCUUUACAGAUGCUCAGCAAACUGUCAUCCUCGCUCAGUGCCUUCACACUAAGAAGAAGAAUCCUGAUGAUGAACUUUCUGGUAAUUCAACGAGUCCUCUCCUUUUUUGUGAGUUAAUGUUGUUCAAAUGUUACUAGUAAUUUCCCUCUUUAUUGUUUUCCUACACAACUUAAUGCUGAUGGACCAGUGAUUGCUUUUUCCUGCUGUUGUCAUAAGAAGCAGGGUUUUGAUUGGUUUUUUUCUCUUGCUUUCCAACUUCGUUGAAAAGUCCGAGCUAUAAUCCUAGGAUGGUACUUUUCGGUUUAGAUAGAGUGAUAGGAAUCAAUGCAUUUGAAUGAAGAUAAAGUCUGAUACAAAAAAUGCGAGAUGAAGAUAGAUGUAAGGAGGUACUGGGAGACAAAAAUCACGGACUGGACUUUAACACAGCAUGAGAGGAUGUAGAUCAUGAUAGGUUUACCUUGUAGCAAGGCUGAUUGAGAUGGACCCAGCAUCCGAUUCAAGAUCCCAAAGACUCUAGCUGUAUCAGAUCAUAUUGGUACAUUAUUCAUGAGUUUUUGUGUUCCAACUAGGCCAGGGUCUUUGAAAGACCUCAUAAUUCUUCGGCGCUUUUUUACUUGUUGAUACACAUGGUGGAACUGGGCUGGUAAAAAAGUAAGAGGAAAGGAGCUAUCUUGAUGUUGAGCAGAUACUGUCAUUGAUGUUGUCUCUACCACUGUUUGAUUACUCAAUAUAACUUGGAAUCGUACUGAUAAAUUUGGAUCAUCUAGCGACUUUCCUAUCCUGAAGGUCAUUCUUUGAAGAAAGGAACCAAAUUUACCCGAAAUGUUAUUUGCUUUCUUUCAUGUUACCACUGUUUUACAACAGUUGAGUAUUUGAACAGGUUUUCACUCCUCAAUUUUGCGUCAUUCAUGGAUUAAACAAGUUGGUAUUGUGUUGAUGAUGCAUAAUGAUCAUCAUGGAAAAAACAAUUAACUGUCAAUGGCUUUGUCUUGCUGUUCCAAGAGGCAAACGUAAUGCAAAUCAAAGGAUUAAAAGGUGACGUCAGCUGAGAAAAUAACUCUGGUCAAUGACUUUGAGAAUUACCUGUUCGCAAAGCUAGAAUCCUCAUAACACUUCAGAAGCAUCAGAGGCUUCAUUCUGUCACCUGAGAGAAAGAUGUUUAUGUUGCAGAGGAAUAGAUGUGGGUACUGACAUAGAUAUCUGCAUAUUAACUUGGCCAGACCUCUCAUUUUUAUAUGUUUAUUAAGGAGUUUUUGUGAAUUGGUAUGUACGUAUAUAUUCAAUCUUCGUAUAACGUUUUUAAAGCUGUUGUGGCUUUUUUUUCUUUUGUAGAUUCAUGCGUGUUGUUCACAAUUCUGAAGUCUGUCUUUCUUUAAGUUGGGAAUAUACAUGCCUGCGUCGUUUUAUUAUCUCGGAUUUUCGUAAACAGCUUAUGAUUUCAUUGGAGACAAUAUGCAAGUUUUCUUUCUGCCCAUCGACUAUAGGAACUGGUACUCUUAGGAUUCUCUGAGUUGAGUGACCAUGCGUUUAAAAUAUGGAUAUCAAUAUUGCAGGUUGGGAAAUGGCCCCCUUUAUUGAGGCCAUUGAUUCUCAACAGCAUACUUAUUUCAUUGUAAGUAUCAUCUUAUCCUACUGGUUGCUCUCAUUAUUCUUUUCGCCUGCUAGCUCACCUUUUGCAUCAUCUACAGAUCACUGAGGCUAUUUUAGCAACUUUAUUUAAUGUUUUUAAGAAUUAUUUGCUACUUUUUUUCAUCCUUUUUGUAAUGUAGCUACUUUCUGUCAACCAUACCACUUUCUUGUCGUAUUUUUAAUCAGUAUUACACAGCUACUUUUAUCGGAAUCUUCCACAUUAUUUGUAGGCUUUUAGGGUUGAACGAGAAACUUAUGGAACACUUGUUUCAUGGAUGCCCAUUCUUUCAGGAGAUUUGGUAGUUGUUUGGAUAUUCAAGUGAAUAUAUAGUGAUGAAACUCAGGUCAGAUUGAUGAGCUUGGGUUGAGGUGAAAGUGGCUGUGGAAAGUUAGAUUAAACGUUGGUGGCUUAUUCAAUUCUCUUGGUUAUCUGGACGGAAGCAGAUAUAUUCUUCGGAGGGAAAACUGUAGUGCAUAAGGUUUUUACGUUAGAUUGUAAUGAGAUGAAUCAGUGAGUAAGAUUUUUGUAGAAUGCUAGAUGGGUUUCUGUUACUUUGAAGUUGCUAGUAAUUUAAUUGUCUUAUAUCAUGUCUAUAGAGGGCAAAACUGAUGCAUGAGAGGCUUUUGACAGUCCAAGGUUCACAAAAUCGUGCAUAUUAUCUUUUUAUUUAAUGACUGUAUUGUGCAAUUCACUUAAAACAAAGCUAUUGGUUCCGAAAUCAUGGUAAAUAUUCCCAUCCUGUGACAACUACAUUUCUCUUCUUUUGUUCACGUCAAUUUGCUUGUCAGGUAAGGGAUCCGAUCGAGAAGCUGGAGGGUGUUACCCUAUUUAUAAGCUCACAAGUGCGGCCCAUAGCAUUGGAUGGGGUGUAUCUUGGUAGAUUUCGUUCCUGUAGAAUAAAUUCACUAGGACCACAUGUCAUAGAAUAUUUAUUUGCUACGAGUGGUGUGUUGGACACGUACAAUUUAGGUGUGACUUAAAUACUGCAUUGGACUGCGAUAGACUUCUGGAGUUUACUAAGGAUUUGUUGAAAGAGAUGACCAACAUUCUUAUGCUUUUACUGAAGAUAUUAAGUUUGUGAAUUGAGUGAUGUUAACUUGGAGAAGAUGAUAUUUCGCUUUGUAAGGGUAACAAAAAGCGAGUUUUGAAGGGUGUGAAAAGCUCUCUAAGCUGUCAUGGUGAAGAGUGACUGGAUGACUAUUGUUUUAUAUCAUUGUCCUAGACUCGGAAAUAUUUACUAGUCUCCUCCAUGAAACCAAGUAAUAGAGUAGGAUGCGUUUUGUUCCACCGAAAUUGAUGAUGCCAUGUAGCAGGGCCAUCUUCAAACAAGUAAAGGUCUCACAAAGUAAGAAAUUGAUGUUCUGAAAACUUUUAAACCAAUCUGAAGAUUUUGCAUCCUGAGCAUCGGCCCUUUUUAUCUUAUAGCUGCAGUAUUGUUCUAAAGGUUGUUCAGCUCAGGUAUAUGUGAAUUGGGUUCAGAUCCUUUUGAGACAGUUCAGUUAUUGGUUAUUACAUUUGAUUUUAAGAUUGGAAUUGCAUCCUUUUGAUCUCAACAUGAGUAGCAGGCUUGAAGAUAUUAAUGUGUGUGCCUCCUAGAAGAGAAUGCAACUUUACUACACUGAAGUAUGAAGAUGAUCAAGACCCCUCAUUGUUCCAGUUUUUGUUCCUAUUUUGGUUUCACUUUGAAGGAGAAUGCUGGAUUCAUAUAGUGAAAAAGGAGGGAAGUGAAAAGGCGUUUGGGACUAAAGAGAUGAUGAAAUGAAAAAUUCACGUGGCAGAGGCUGUUUACAAUGCAGUAAAAAAUAACUAGUCUAGUACAAGCAUACGCUGGUCUAGUACAGCCAACUGUAUUGUUGACUUCGAAGACAAAUCACUGAAGAAAAUUGAGUUAGGAUCAGCAGGUUCAAAUACUGGCAUUGGGAUCAAUUAAUGCCUUCACUGAUCUAGAUCAGUGAAUGAUUUGUAAGAGCAGCACCGUAUGUUCUAGGAUGGCUUUUCUUAAAAAUCCUCACUGAAAGUGACUAGAAGAGAUCAUGUUUGGUUGGCGAUUUGAUUAGAGCUUGAUACACCAUUUUUGAUACUUCUUUCAAUGUGAGGAAUGGUACCCUCGGAAAAUUGAUAUAAAUAUGCAAAAUAUUAUUAUAUAGAUGGGCUUCACUGUUAAUUGCGACCGAGUUGAAUGACUCAAUAUUUUGAUUUUUUUUCUGGUUUUGUUAUAGUUGUUAGUGUUGGAAGCAUUCCGUUUCUGUUACCCGCAUGGUAGGAUAAUCCAUCAUCAGAGUAUGUAAAAACCUUGUUAUUACUUAGAUGGAGGUCUCCACAACUUAAUUGAUUUUGAGCUGAAUGGCCUAGUAACAUAAUUAUUAUAUUGUUUAUCGACUAAGGGAUUAUUCUAUCAACAGCUUCUGAGGGAGGGAAAAGUGCGCCAAUCUUCAUAUUCAUAACAAAGUGAACUGGGUACUGUGGCUUUGUUCUAGACAACUCUUUCUCAAUUAGUUCCCUUCAAAAGUUGCAAAAGUGAAUCUUGAACAACCUGCUCUCAUCAGAUAUUUUUCUGGUUUUGGGAACCAGUUUGUUUGAUAAGCAUUGCCAGACUCUAGCUUGCUAAUGGUGUCUUUGAUUUCAUCUCAAGGUUUGGAGAAGAAAUUCUAGAAGUCGUGACCUUUUGAAGGUUCUUGUCUCUAGUCUACCACUGAUCUAUUGAUAUAAAGGCACACUUUUACUUUUGAAUAAAAAAUGCAAUUUUGAGGACCUUCAAUGGAUAAAAUAGACCUUUGAGUUUCUCUGAUCUUGUCUAUCCUAUCACCCAGGGAAUUCUCGAGUUAAUAGGUUACCAUGCAAAACAAAUAAAGAGGGCCAGGAUGACAGGAUUCAUUGGUUGAGGGUAGUUCAUAUUCGUGGAAAUGCUCAAUUUAUUUUAGAUACAAUGCGGCUACUGACACUGCUGAAUAGAGGGGUGAUCUUUCUACAUCUCACAUCAGGUAAUCAUAAUUUAAAUACUAAUGCAUGCUGGAUCUAACCGGAUUUAGUGCAAACGAACAUCGUGAUCAGUUUCCAAUAUCUGUUAUAAUCACCCCAGUUCCAUCUAUUCCCCUCAACACUAGAAUUAAAGGACUAAAGAAGAAAAAACAUGCACAGUGCAUUCUGAUUCUUUCUGUGAAACCUGAAAAUGACCCCAUGAUUGUGGCGUGAUUUGUUGUAAAUUUUUCUUUUCCUAUCUUUCUCACUGACUGAUAUGAUAGACGAAAUAGUAAAGUAGGUUUUUAAAUGGCAUUGGCGUAAAGUUAAUGUUGAACUCUCUAGGAUUGUUUUUCCUUUCUAUCUGUUUCUUUUCGCUGUAUUUUCGUCCUUUUCUGUCAUUCCCUACGUUAAGUGGAUCAAUUGGACUGUUAACGAUUCCACUUGAAGACUAAUGUAAUGGGCCGACCGAUUAACUCAUGUAACCUGUACUUAAGCGGGAAACCAAGAUAAAUGACAAGAGAUUUUGGGAUUGUGGAAACUCUGCUCCAUGAAGUGGUGACUGAUUCAUCUUCCUGGAAGACGAGGAUCGUGAAGAUCAACUCCUAUCAUUCUCCAAGUUGCAAGAAUCUCAAUCAAGAUCAAUUCUCAAUAGUUAAUUCUGAUGUAGGGUGAUUUUGCUCGCCAAUUGUGUACUAAUUUUGAGAUGUGCUGAUGUGCUGAUGUGCUUACUAUACAAAAUGAAAAAGAAACUACUAGAGAAUAUAAAUACCUUGUUAGCUGAUUUGCUUGAAAUUAUGUUUAUAUUUGUUUGCUUCCAUUUGCUGCUAUGUGAACUGAGAUUUGUUGAUUGAUUCAUUACUCUUGCCCUGUGUUAUUUAGAUUCAAUGCUUAUGUGACAUCUUACGUGUAAGAUGGGAAUCUACGCGUGGUCGUACAAAGCAACGGGCAUUAUUGAUGAUGAAUAAAUUGGUAAGGGUUCUCUUUAUAUAGUUCAUUUCAGAAUCUUCAAUCGUAUAUACCUGGCUUAUUAGAUUCGUGUUAUAUCUGCACUUCGAAUACUGCUUAAUGCUUUUUACUUAGUCUUCUAGUCGCUUGCUUUUAUGUUCAGUAAGGCUAGGUCCUUGUCUGAUUCAGUUAGAAAUUCUUUGCCAAAAGCAUUGACAUAAUCUGAAUGGUUUGUUAUUAUGUAUGGGUAACACUAGUCUGGUACCCAUCAAAUUCAUAAAAAACUAACUCUAAUUCGGAGUUUUGCUGUUGAUUUUGUAAGUUGAACUGACUUGGUCAAAAACCGUUUUGUCUUUCAUCGGUGCAAUAUCUACCAAUCCGCUCAUCACCUCACAAGCUAUGAUUUAUAAGAUUUCCUUGGCUGGCUGUUUUAAGGAGGGUUACCUUAAGAAAGAAAAGUGUUUGGUUUCCUCAUUGUCACCAAACGUUAUAUCUAGGGUUGUUAUCUUGAAAGUUACGACGUAUAAGCUUAUCUUGUCCCAGAGGAAAAUAUUAGAUAGAGAUUAACUUUUGACGUUUGUUGUUUUAUUAAUACCACGAUCGUUCAUGGAGAUUGUGUUCCUCUGUGUACAUAUGAUAACCUAACUAAAUAUUAUUUAAAGCCACUCAAGAGCAUAUCAUCAAACACUCUCAGACUGUUUUCCCUAGGUUUCUGCCAACCCUAGACGGGCACCUAGUGAAGUAUCGAUAUUACUUGGGCAUGUACCCUUUCGUUGUCAUUGGAAGGGAAUAUGCUACAUGCCCUCUACGUCGAAUAAUACUGCACAAUGCUGUUUUUGAAGUUUCGUAUAAUCUUUAAAAGAUAAAAGUAUGUACGUGCAAUUUGUGAACUCUCAACAAAUCAACUGUGUAUAAGAUCCUACACCCAGCUGGUUUGGACCACACUUAAAGCCCAACAUCUUCACAAUACUCUUUCCUCAUUGCUAUCUGAUGAAUCAUAUCUUCCCAUUCCGGAGUAGGUUUUGGGCGUACAACAAUUGGGGAGACAUUUUCUUCGAUCAGCACCUGAGGCAAUCCAUUUUCAGUGAUCUCGAAAUCAUAACCGCCCAUCCAGCUCCCGUUUAUGUAUUAUUCAAAUUUCUCUCACACUGUCUCCUCUGUGUUGCUUAAAGUAGGGUCUGUCCUUUCUAUCCUUGGGAUCAUACAGUUUGGACAUCCGGUCAUACAAACUUUUAAGGGAGUUAGAGGAGAUAGAAUUCACAAUACUGGGGUCUGCCUUUAUUUAGCAGAGUAAUAACCUGUUUACUUACUCUCCUUGCAACCCUUGCCCUCUCAUCUGGCAACGGGAAUCUCAUCCAAUUGUGCUGUAUGCAAAGAUUCCAGGUCCAGCUACCACAUUAUAUCUGUUAUAUCCUUCUCUUAAAGUCAUAAAUUAUAGGACCAUCUGAAGCUACAACAACAUAACUUUCUUUCUCCAAGCUAAUUACAAAAAGAGACCAUGUCUCUUGAAAAUUAUUACUACUUGGCCCCUGGAAAGCUUCAAUUAUUACUGGUAAAACUACCCCACUCUUUUUUUUCUUCCUUCCUCUCUCCUCAUUUUUGGUCUUACAGGAGUCUUGCUUGAACUGUCUUUCUUCAAACAAAAUUUAUUUCUUUACGGGCUUACCAUCACCUUGAUCCAGCAACACAUCACAUAUUGGCGACUUCUUCCCUCUAUCAUGACAAUCGUUAUUUCUCUUGUUCAAACCCGACUGUUCUGCAGGAAGAUUCCGAGGGGAAUCGUUUUAUUUACCAGGUUAUGAAUUCUGUCAUAUCAGAUCUCUAUCUAAGAUCAAGCCCGCAGUGAGUUAUGCUCCGUCUCCCUUUUUCCACAUACUGAUACACCUGUCUAUGAAGAAACCUUCUCUGUUGUGUUGUGUUGAGAUAAUCGUCCCUCCUUCUGGUGAGCACUACACAUCAAUCUAUCUUUCUUUUGUGAUACCAUCGUUCUCUUCCUCUCCUCUAUUUUGUGAAUCACAGGUUUGAACCCCUGGUGAUUUGAUACACUUUUAAUUUGGAUAUCUAGAAAACUGUCUGCUACAAUAAAAAUGAAUCAGCUCAAAGUACAAUACUUAUCUGUGCUUUCUCAAGCACCUGCGGCGGUUAUUAAGACAGUUAUUUCUUGACCCAUGAAGAUAUCAAUUACUGAAAUGGCUAGAGGUUUGCAAUACAUUUGAUCUUUUCUUGAUUUUUUGCUUGGAAAUGAUGAACGGAUAUGUGAAAUUAUUUUUGAAAUUUGAUUAAUAACUAUGCAUUUUUCUACGAACGAAUUGUUGGUGGCAUCUAGUUCCUCUAUAAAAUAAUAAAUAAUCAUACACCAUCACUUAAUUUAAUUGAUGAUAAGUUAGAUUGUCGUCAGGUCUGUCAAGUUUGAUCAUCUGGAUGAUUUUUGUUUGAUUUUGGAAAGCAUUAAGGUAAUUGAAUAUUUUUUAAUGGAUGUUUAUUUUUUAAUGUUACAUUUUGGGAUCUUCCCUCUUUACUUUCGAGGGGAAUGGUAAAAACGAGUCAUAAAUAAAACGACCUUGCUCUAUCAAUAUAUAUAAGUAUUGGUGUCUAUUUGCUGAUAUGGUGCAGAAGGAAUCACUUCUAAGCAAUUUUUUGUUGUAUUCCAAGGUUGACCGUGUUUGUGGAGCAUUUCCUGGUGUGGUAGAGAGAAUUCACUUUUCAUUUGGUGUUUAUGUGCCAACUAUCCCUGCAUUGCGAAAGUAUGCUUCACCUGUGAAUAUGUUCUGUAGCAGUUUUAUAGCCUAGUUCCCGCAUUCCCCAAUAUUGGAUGCCAACACAUUCUUUUCACCGUCAUCUUUCAGAGAGUACGGGAGGCUGUUAGUAAGUAAUGGCUUGAUUGGAGAGGCACUUAAGACUUUCGAGGAUCUUGAAUUAUGGGAUGAUCUAAUAUAUUGCUAUCGGUAUGGUGUUUUUAUCACUUUAAACAUGCGAUUUGUAAAUGUCUCUCUGUCAAGCCUUUCUGUGGUGUGGAGAAAUUGAUAAAUUUCUAUUUAUUUGAAGAUUAUUGGAAAAGAAAUCUGCUGCUGUUGACCUCAUCAGAGCACGACUUGAUGAGACACCUGAUGAUCCAAGAUUAUGGUACGGACCUGAUUAAAUGUUUAGUAAGACCUUUGUAAAUAUAUAAACAUGUUUCUAUGCGCAAAUAUCUUUCUGUGUCAGAUAAUGCUCUUAUUUUGUUCAUCUUAAUUGCUUGUGCAAGUGGCCGUUUUAAUCCUGAAAUUUUUGACUUAAACUUAUGCGUUUUCUUCAGGUGUUCACUUGGCGAUGUAACAAAUAAUGAUGCUCACUAUCAAAAAGCACUCGAGGUUUCAAACAAUAAAUCUGCUCGAGCCAAGGUAUAAUAAUGACAUUGAAUGUUGUCAUAUUGUCACCACGUUAUUCUAUUGUCUCUCAAAAUCCUUACCUUCUUGACAGCGAUCUCUGGCACGUAGUGCGUACAACAGAGGUGACUAUGAGACAUCUAAGACUCUUUGGUAUGUUUUCCUUAACUUUUGUGUUGUCCAGAUUGCUGCUUAUUUGCUUGAGUAAACUGCUGUCAGUGAUUGUUAGCUAAUUUAAUCAACUGUAUGAUUCGAAUGCUAUAAAGAAUUAGAAGUUAUUUAAAUUUGGUUGUUGUCAUUUUUUCCAGGGAAUCUGCAAUGGCUGUAAACUCUUUGUAUCCAGAUGGAUGGUUUGCCCUUGGAGCAGCAGCAUUGAAGGUAAUUUUUAUUCUGUUGUUCUCGUUUCUAUAUACCUUUUCAAUGCAUGUUUCUGAAUGUGUGGGGUAACCUGGGAAUGUUUUCAACUGCAACUAAUGUACCUCUUACAUGACAUUCUUGUAUUGGUUUUCUUCCAUGAAAUAAUUAUUGGGUUUUGUGGAACAUCUACUCAAGAUCUCUUAACAUAGCUUUGAUCGACCGUAGUUGGAACUAAAUUCUUAUAUGGUACAACUGUUAGAGACGAUAGGACAUGCGUAUUAUCAAUUAAAGGGCUACAGUGGAAAAAGAGAUUAUAGAUUUGUGUAAGGUUCCUCCAUGGCUGGUCUUGCAUUUAAAAGAUGGAGUUCUAUACAGAUGGACCGCUCAUAGGCAAGUGGGAACCGUGCUCCUCCAGGAUGCACUUGUUUUGAAAAGAGUCCAGAUUAAAAAUGCUUAAGAAUCUCAAUGAUGAAGAUUUUCUAUGCGUGUUUGAAGUAUGUGUAGAACUUAUCUAUUUGAUUGUCUGGUAAGUAAAGAGUACUAAGGUUAAUGAUUCAUUUUUCAGGCCCGAGAUAUCGACAAAGCACUUGAUGCAUUUACUCGUGCAGUGCAACUUGAUCCCGACAAUGGGGAAGCAUGGAAUAAUAUUGCUUGCUUGUAUGUCUACCAAUGCUGUUCUUGUUAUUUAUUAUCUAACAUUUAUUUCCAAAGAGACAUUAAUUAUUUUUAAAAUUUUGGCAUAGUUUCCAUCAUUAAUUAUUUGCAUGUGAAUUAAUUAUUCAAAUAUGAUUUUUACUUUUCCACUGUUUCUUUCACUUUGAAAGCAACCCCAACAUUGGAUUCAUGGAAAAAUCUAGAUACUUUUUGAAAGAAGUAAGUGAAAGCUGGGACAUCACUGAUUAUUGGUUAAACUAUUCUUACAAGGCACAUGAUAAAGAAGAGGAGCAAAGAAUCUUUUGUUGCUUUUAAGGAGGCGUUAAAGUUCAGGUCUCUAUUCCUUCUUUUUGUCAAUUUUCUCUUAUAUUCAUAAGUUGACUACGAUGUUAAUUUAGUAUUUUUAUCAGGAGAACUAGCUGGCAGCUUUGGGAGAAUUACAGUCAUGUUGCAAUGGAUAUUGGAAAUGUUGCCCAGGUACAAUAUUACCACUAAUCUAAAUAUUAUUUAUGUCAAUCAAGAUUUUUUUUCUUGCUUUUCAUGAAAUUUUACUAAUUGAAGUUACAUUAAUGUCAUUUCUUGUCGAGAAUGGUUUUUAAUUCGUCAGUACUGUAAAUAACUAGAUUAACCAUUGUUAACCUACGAGAGAGGGAGAGUUUAUCAAAUGAAAGUCAGAUAAUUAGAGUCUGGAACUGAGGCAUGGUUAACCUAGUUAGUCCUAACGGUUAUCAAACCGGCCCUGUAUGACUUAAUCAGAUAGGCCAGAAACGGCAUAUGUUUUCAACCAAGACCAUAAAACAUCCUCUUCAGCCUGAUUUUGUGACUUUGUUAAUAUCUAAUGGAGCAUUGAAUCCCCCCUCCCUACUGAAAGAGCGCACAGCGAAGAGGAGGGACUGGGCUCUGCUGUUCUGGAUACAUACUUAGAGUCAGUACAGACAUUCAUUUAUCCUCCCACAUGAUGCAUAGGAUAUUGUGUGCUCAUUAAUUUUUUUGUUCUCGUUUUUUGCUUAUUUGUUUUCUCUUAUUUUCUCUUUUAUUCAUACUGCCGGGGAUUGUUUUAGAAAAUCAGGUUCGUAUUUAAAAAAAUUCAUCGGUCAUAGAAGUUUGUCUAUUGAAAUGCAUUGGUUCCCAACAUCUUAGAUAAAAGGACGAGGUUGUCAUUCAUGACUGCUUGAAAAUACUGAUGGUAUGAACCCGUAUUUCUAGCCAUCAACCAGGACGGUGAAACAUGACUAGCAUCAUCCGAAAUGGGUCAAAAUUUUAUCCUCUACAACGCUAACAAAAGGAGCUUCUCUGUAACAAUCCAUAUGCCCCAUUUAGGUUGUCUGCCCAGCUAUCUGAUGUUCUAAUGUCCUGCCCAGGCUUUCUAAAACAUUGCUUGCAGUCAUACAGACCUCAUGAAUUACUUCUGUGUUUUGCCUUCUAAAGUUCUCCCCGUUUCCCAAUUCUUUUUAUAUUUGAUCGUCCUUUUUGGUAAUUGUUUCGAUGUUUCCAUUAAUUUAAUUUUCUUGCGUGCUCUUUGUAGUUUGGGACUUGUGAAAGUGGUAGAAACAUAGAGUACACGAAGGAGAGAGGGAGAGGGAGAGAGAAAGGACUCGACACCAAACCCUAAUCGAGAGACUCUGGUAUUUAUACCAGAGACUCAAGGGACCUAGAUGGGCCGACAGGGCCCAUACCCAUAUGGGCCGACAUGGCCAUGACCUAGAUGGGCCUACAGUAUUCAACAGAAAGGUUAUACAUUUACUGAGGUUCCUAAAACAUUUUUUUCUCCAAAAUGUGAGUCAUGUGAAUUUUCCAAAGGCAUUUGAAAAGAACAUUCACUGUGGGUUGGCCCAGGUGUAGACCAAUCAUUUUUUUAUGCCGGUUACCUUAAAUAAAGGUUAUCUUCUUAUUUUGUUUGGAUGUACUAAACAUAAUAUUUUAAGAAACACUGAUAUUUGAGGAUUUCAUUUCAUUUAUAUUUUUUUCUUGCACUUUGACAAAGUUCAGGGCCAAAUUUUUUUAACAAGCGUCAUAAGUAUCAUAUCAUUUUAUCAUAUGUAUAUGAAUAUGCUUAUCUCCAUUGGUUAUGCCUGAUUACGGGUACCAUUCUGUUCCACAUUUGUGAAAGUUUGAUAAUGUGAUUCCCAUAUGAAAGUUUUAGGUUUUUGUGGAUACUCUCAUUUUUAUGUUGGCUCAGUGUUGUUGAGGUCUCUGACACUGCUCUCAUGAUUGCUGUAUUUCCUGUAGGCACUUGAGGCGACCAAAAUGGUAUUAGAUUUGAGUGAUAGUAAGAGAGUUGAUGUGGAAUUGUUGGAGAAAAUAAUGCUCGUAAUUGAGGAUAGGGCUUCAAUACCUGAGGAUAAGUGUCAUAAUGGUGUGGACAAGUCACACAACAGAUCCCUUUAUGAAUCUGGAUCCCAAGAAGGAAAUGAGAGAUCAAGGGAAACUGAGUUCUUGGUCAACAUGAUUGGAAACGUUCUUCAACAGGUAUGCUUUAUGUUUUCACAUUACUAUUUUAUGUGAUUUUUUUGUAGGAUAAUAAAGCACUGAGCUGAACUUGUUUGUUGAUAAUUUUUCGUAAAUGCCUAUGUGAGUCCAUGAUUUUUUUUAAUGUUUGACCGUGUCUAACAACAAGAUAUAUUCACAACUCAUCAAACACCGUCAACCCCCCUCCAAGGUGGAUGAAUGGUUGAUAAAAAGUUUCCCAGAUUUGUCAGAUGUCAGAUGGUCACUUUUAGACUUAACUGCGACCAAAAUCCUUUUUUUUUCGUAUAUCUAUUUCCCGUUCUUUAUGUUCUUCGGACUUUUUAGUUCAUGUUCGAUUGGAUUUUCUGGGAAUUGUUUUCCGUGAAUUUCAAGUUUAUACAAGUUGUUGGCGGAAAAAGAAAAAGAAAAAUCUUAUUUAUCUCGGUUUUGUCAUUUAUCUCUGUAGAUUAUUCGGAAAGGUGGUUGUGAAAACGUGUGGGGUUUGUAUGCGAGGUGGCAUAAAAUUAAAGGAGACCUUGCCAUGAGCGCUGAAGCUCUCUUGAAGCAAGUCAGGUCAUAUCAGGUAUCACGAAGGAGGCAGUUUAUUUUUUGUCAUUAUAAUACUGGGGUUAUGCUAUUUUUUUCAUUUUAUAUCUGUUACAACUCUGUUUGAAUAUUCAAAAUACUCAAGCAACAGUUCUGUCAGUGCAGCAGGCGAAAUUAUUUUGGGGAAUGUUCUGCUGAGGGCAUCUAGGUCUAGUUAGCGACAUUUUUAAGGAGUAUGGACUGCAACCAUGUUUUCAGGGAUUAAUUUAGUGCGCUGUUACAAAAUAGAAAGAAAACAAGUACAGUCUAUAACAAAUACGAAGAAUGCACGGCCAUAUCCAUGACAAAGUUCCUUACUCAUGGAGAACAUGCUGAAUGCUUUUGAUAUGAUUAGCACAGGAUGUUCUCCGUCCGUGGUCCACACCAAUAGUGUAGAACAGGUUCUCUGAGCUCCUUUGGUUUCUUGCAUCCAUGUCUUGUCAUUAUUAUAAAAUACGGUGAACAUUUUGAUGGUCGAUAAUUGUCUUAUAAAAACUUGGCAAUGAAGCGCGGAUCGUUACCAGGCCCAGUUCUAUUACUUUUCGGAUUGGUCAGCCGUAUUGAAUGUAGCAUAUAUUGUUUGUUUUUUUUUUCAAAGACAAAAUGCUACUCAAUACAGCAGCAUUGUGUUUGAAGCUGAAUAGGAAGUUGGUCGCAUUUCAGAGGGGAAAUAAACAUAUCCCCAUCCAUUUAUCUGAUGAAAUGAAUAAAUUGAGUGGCACUUCCAAAGUCCUGCUUUAAAAAUAUAGGUAGCUGAAAGCAACGUGCCUCAAAGGGGAAUAUGCACUCAAUCCGCACUUUCAACGUCAAACACCCGUAGUUCAGAACUGCAAGUGUGCUUAGUCAAGUUUCAGAAGGCUUCUCACUCGUAUUCUUAUUUACUCCUGCAUUCAGAUGUUCAAGAGAUUUCUUGUCGGCCUGGUUCUAGUGUGCCCCUCUGUAUCUGUUCAGAUGCUAUAUCAUUUUCCUGCCCAAGCACUAUAACUGAAUUGGGUAGUUUUAAACUGAGUCACGUCCUUGCACAUGCUUAAAUUUGUGCAAAUAUGGGCUAAUAUGAUUUAUCAAAGACACUCUACAUCUUGAAAAAGCAAACUGUCGAGUGCAGCUUUUGCAUUCAAAAAAAUAUAGAAGGAUAAAUUCUUGAGAUUGUUAAUUGAUAACUUUGGUGCAGGGUGAACAAGGCCAGUAGAUAUGUAGAUGAUUCUUGGCCAAGUAUUCAUGCUUAUCCCAACCGAGUUUAUAAUUGACUCUUAUCAGUUAGACGCCGGAUUGGAAUGGUGGCCUAUUUAGACUGUUUGUGUAUGAUUGAUUCAUGGGUGUCAUUCUAGAUAUUAGUUGUCAUCUUCCUUCUUCUAAGAGAUGUUAUGGAGAUGGUGUGGAUGUCCAUUUUUGGUGAAUGUUUGAUGUAAUGACGUCUUUGAUGAGGAUUGAAACAUCAUUUCCCUAUUCAAUUAAAAUGAGUCUGCAUGGGUCUCAUGAAAUGAAUUCUAAUGAAUUUUGAAUUGUAUGGAAGCUCCAGUUUGUGACGAUUAUGAACGACUGGGUUCUAGGACACUAUGAAGUGGUCCAUGCACGAAUUAGAGGAGACAUGGGAAGAUGUAUUUUAACUAAGAUCAUACGGACUUAUUCCCUUUUUUCAUCUUCAUUUAACUUGAAAAAUGACUGUAAGUUCACUUUUUCUUCAGUAUCCCGUCGAAGCCUACUUUUAAAUCUAUAUAUCAUAUAAGAUUCAAAUUCAAUUAAAUCAACUCUAAAAGAUAAUCUAUAAAAUUUCAUAAACAUAUUUUGUUAUAGAUUUGUUUUCUUGUCGACAAUUGAUAUUAUUGAAAUAAAAUCUAUUCAUAAUCAAGAGGAAGAAAUUUAAAUUUUAAUAAUUUAUUCAUUUUAUCUCAACUUUAAACUUGAUUUUUUCCUGAUCUUGCAAAAUUGGAUUGAAGUUAAUCCCAUCAUGUAGAGUUUCCACCUUUGAGUUUAUAAACAACUAAUUUCACCUUUUUUGUUAGAAAUCUUCAUAUAUUUGAAAAAUCUCUACUUCUGAAAUCUAAUUUAGAAAUUCUUUAAUUUUCAAAUGUCUAUUAAAACUAGGCAACUCAAUCUUCAUUCGAAAAUCUCUGCAAUCAUCAUAAUCAGAUCUACUUUUUGAACUUCUUGUGUCAUUUGAACUUUUUUUUUGGGUAGAAUGACUAAAAUUAUUUUAUUUUUGAAUAUUUUGACUAUAAGAUUUAAUUUCAAUUGCAGGCAUUUGAGCCAAAAUUUCUUUCAAUGUGUCAUUCAAAUCUUCAAACUUUUGUUUUAUAUGAUUCUUGAAAUCAGCAAACUCUAAUUUUGAAAUAAGAUCUGGAAUACUGACGUUGUUCUGAUACUAUUUGACAUUGUAGAAGCUGGAGGAACAAAUUGUUAGAUCUCGUUCAACACUGCUGAAGUAUUUUGGAAGUAAAAUCACGACCUUAAGUCCACAAGACGUAGAGAUUUCGUCCUUUUGAGUCCACAAGGGGUUGAUCUUGUGUCCGUAGGAUAAAAAUGACUCAUUGAGUCCACAAGGAUGCUGGAGUCCACCAGCAUAUGAAGAGUACCUUUGAGAGGAAGAAACUCACAAAAUUCAUUGACUGAAACUAGAAUGACUCUUGGGCUACAUGAGGUGCCUUUCAAUAGGCCGAAGUCUCAUGUUUUAACACCUAAAUUUGAAUCUUAAAUGAAAUUCGGAAAUAGAAAUAUAAUAAAAAUAGAAAUGAGAAUAUGAAUAAAAUGGAAAUAAGAAUAAAAGAAGGAAUGAAAAUAGUAAGGGUCUAAAUGUAGAAAAUAAUUAAAACUAUAAAAAAAAAGAUAAAUAUAGCAAGAGCUAAAAAUAGGAGAGGGUAAAAAUAGAAAAUAUAAAAAGAGAAGUUUAAAUAUGGACACUUGUUUAAAUGUGUCUCGUUAUAGGCCCAAUUUCGUGAUUGGGUUAACUUCAACUUAAAUGGGUCUUUAAACUGUCUGUGCUUCUGCUCCACUUGAUACAGACCUUAAAUGGGCUGCAUCAAGUUGGCCUCAGUACUUAUUGGCCAUUGGAAUUGUUGAAAGUCAUGGUUUUCAAGACUAGUUGACUCUGAAGCUGACUGAUUUAUUAGGAUCAGAGUCAGGUUCUGGUCAAGUGUGGGGUUUCUGACCCUAUAACAACUAUUUUCUUUAAAAAAUAAAUACUGGGUUGCAGUCACUCUGAAGUUAUCUGAAUCCGAUAACUAAAAGUUUCUGUUUUUGGGCGUAUUUGAUAUAUACUCAUCUUUGGAUCAUGGCCCCUGAUUAUACUUAAUCUGGUGCUUGCCAUUUUGACACAUGCAAUUUAAUGGUAUUUAGUAUUAAUAUGGUCGUAAUCUUAUUUGGUAUGCACCAAUGUGACAUUAGACCUUCUAUGAGGCACAUUUUUUCCCUCUACUUUAAUUCUUUCUGAAGCAUUUAUGCACAUCUCGUGUCAUUAAUCUUGCCGUUCUACAAUGAAAUUAUUGUCUCAGGGAUCAGAUUUAUGGCACGACCGAGACCGGUUCGGGAAGUUUGCGCAUGCCUCAUUGCAGCUCUGCAGAGUUUACAUGGAAAUUGCUUCAUCCACCGGGCAACGUCGAGAGCUGAUGACUGCCGAGAUGCAUCUGAAGAACACGGUAAAGCAGGUGAGCCAUUCCACAGACGCCAGGGGACAAAGCGGGUCAUCUGGGUAGAAAUUCUGAGCAGAGAAGUCAUCGAGGUGUUUAAUUUUUAUUUCAAUUUUUUUUGCUAUAAAUCCCCAGGGGGUUGACUUCGCCGAUACCGACGAGUUCAGGGAUCUUGCAGCCUGCCUCAGUGAAGUGAGGAGCCGCUUGGCUACGCCGACGCCCUCACCUUCAGAGAGCUCGUAG